AUGUCGUCGCCGAAAGACCACGCCCGGUGCAAGAACGUUAGCCGCGAGUCGCCGCCCGACGACGAGGAGGAGGCCGAGGAGUGGCUCGACGACGAGGAGCUGGACGCCGACGAGGCUGCGAUGCUCGACGACGACUUCGACACGGACGCGCUCCAUGGCCACCUCGGCCUCAACCUACAGAGUCUGCACUCCCUGCUCGGCGGCGCCUCGCGCCCCUUCCAGGACAAGCUGCGCCAGCUCCGCGCCGCGGCGCAUGAGCCGGCCAUGCGCCUCGUGGCGCUCCAGGAGCUCGCGGACGCCCUGAGUGUCGCGACAGAAGACGUAUUCAUGGGCGCAUUUCCCCUCGAUGCACUCGUGCGUGAGCUCCUGUGGACGCUCGGCGGGCCGGAGCCCGAGGGCCACACCCUCUCGGACAUGGACGGCGACGAGCUGGCGGCCGCACUCGCGGCCAGCGGCGAUGACGGCGAGGCGCAGAUGUACGCCUGCCGCUCCCUUGCCUAUAUGAUCGAGGCCCUGCCCGAGUCGUCGAACUGCAUGGUGCGCCGCGGUGUGGUGCCGCUCCUCGUCCAGAAGCUGCGCGAAAUCACCUUUAUCGAUCUGGCCGAGCAGGUCCAGCAGACCCUAGAAAAGCUCGCCGCGACGCACCCCACAGUCGUCGUGCGCGAAGGCGGCAUGCUCGCGGCCGUGCAGUACCUGGACUUUUUCAGCAUCUAUGUGCAGCGCACGGCCCUGCAUACCGUCGCGCAAUGUGCGCGCCGCGUCGCGCCCGGCGCCAUGACGGAGCGCGUCGUGGAAAUCGCGCCGAUCCUCGCGCAAGUCCUCACGUACUCGGACGGGCGCAUCGUCGAGUCGGCAUGCCGCUCCGUGUGCUCCAUCACCGAGGCGUUCCUCGAUGACAAGGCGCUCGUGCCGCUCCUUACCCCCUGGGUCGCUCCGCUGUGUGCACUGCUCGCCCGCGGCGUGGGCCGCGACACGAAUGCGCUGCCCCUGCUGCCCGGCCCGCUGAUCGCUGAUGUACUCCAGGUCCUGGCACGCGCUGCGCACACUCAUACGCAGGUGGCAGAGGCAUUGUACGAGCAUGGCAUCCUGGACACCAUGUACGUGCUGCUCACCGGCGCGCUCCCUGAGCAGGGCUCCGUCCCACAGCCGGCAGUGCUCCAGCAGCUCGCACAUCGCCUGCCUGCCGAAAUUGACGCGGCGCUAGGCCUCCUGGUCGACCUGCUGCCCCCCCUGCCGUGCGAUGGCCUCUUUGAUGCGCGUCUGUACGGCGAGAAGGCCUACCUCCAGAAAAAGCGACGCGCCGAGCGCGCAGGGUGCUCGAUCGGCGAGCUAGACGACGCACUUGACGACACACCCGCGCGUCGGCUCAGUGCCUCGGCGAUGCGGCAGCAGCGCGAAACAGAGGCGCGCGCCGAAGCACAACGCGCAUGGCCGGCGUUCUUUGAGCGCUACGCCACGCUCCUGCUGCCCGUAUUCCUGGUCGUGUACACGGCCAGUGUCUCACUCGAGGUGCGCAAGGCCGUCCUGCAGGCCAUGCUGCGCGCACUGUGGUACGCGGAUCUUGCGACUCUGGCGCCCGCGCUCGUGCAGCUGCCCCUGGCUAGCUUCUACACGGGCAUUCUCUCGACGCACGACAACCCCGCGUGCGUACACUUUUUGCGCCACGGCACCCUACAGCAGGUGCAGCGCCUCGCCGAGGCGGAUACGCCGAAUUUCCGCGCCAAACUGCUGUGGGCGCGCAUGUGUGCUGCGCCAGAGGACGCGGCAAUGGCACGAGCGCGCGAAACAGCCACGACACUCGCGCGUCUCGCCGCACAACUCAAAAACGGCGACGAUACCGUCGAGGCGCUUACGAGGCUGGGUGAGCUGCUGCCCUCGCUCACGAGCUUCGAGCUGGAAUGUGCACAGCUCAUCGAUACGCUGUAUGACUUUGGCACGCACAGCGAUGGGCCUGUGGGCGUCGAUGCGCGGCGCACGCAGCUGCGCGAGCGCCUCCAGCCAGGCGCCGAGGCCCUUCUGACGGCCUUGCACGCGAGCCUGACGCGCGCCGAGACGCUGGCAGUCGAGAGUGCCGGCGGUAGCUCGUCGGUGACGCAGCAGCGGCGCGUGCGCCUCGUGGCAGGCGGGGAGAGCGCGGAGCGUGUGCCCCGCAACUACCGCGACAUGGUGCUCUCCAUCCAUGCGAUUGUCGCGGUGCGCACGCUGCAUGACUUUCUCCAGCCAAAACUCGAGCUGCUGAUGGGCACUCUGCGUGCCUCGGACCUCUCGAGCACGUUGGCGGCUCUCACUGGCCAGGCAGACGACGAGGCACCCUCGAGCUACGCGAGCGCUGCCCAGUCGUCCAAGAACGCGUGGCAUUUGGCGUUCGAGCUGGAUGGCGAGGCCAUGCCCCUGGAUGCGACGCUCUAUCAGUGUCUGCACGCGCAUUCGGCGCAGGACAAGGAGGCGCUGCCCGUGAUUACCUACACGAUGGUGCCAGGACAGAUCCCCGCGCCUGCGCCGCCCGCCAAGACGCCGCCGCUCCCGCGCGCCCCUGGAUAUGAAGUGACGUUGCCGCCCAGCCUGCCGGCCGAUGCGCCGUCCGCUCCCACCCUGCGGCUGAUGGGCUUGCUGCAUGAUCUGUGGGAGGACGUGGUGCCCGCCGCCAGUUUUGUCAAUACCAAACUCACCGCAAAACUGGCGCAGCAGCUGCAGGAGCCGCUCGUCCUGGCGAGCCAGUGUCUGCCGUUGUGGGCUAGGGAACUGCCGCGCACACACUCGUUCCUCUUUCCGCUGGAGACGCGCUGGAAGUACCUGCAGCUCACAUCACUGGGCUACGCCCGGCUGCUGGGCCAGUGGAACAAGACCGGGGCCGACGAAACGCUGGCCGCCCUUGCUCAGCUGCCGCGCCAAAAGGUGCGCAUUGCGCGCUCGACACUGCUGGCCUCGGCCGUCAAAGUGCUGAACUUGUAUGCCAACGCGCAGACGGUUCUGGAGGUCGAGUACUUUGACGAAGUCGGCUCGGGCCUGGGGCCUACGCUCGAGUUCUACGCCCUGGUCUCGCACGAGCUGCAGCGGACCGAGCUGGGCCUGUGGCGCCACGACUCGGCCGCCCAAAGCGAGUAUGUGCAAGCACCAGCGCUCUUCCCCGCGCCGGCCAGCAGCGACGCGACCGAGCGCGUGCGCACGCUCUUCCGGGCCCUGGGCCAGCUGAUUGCCAAGGCGCUCCUGGAUGGGCGCAUUGUGGAUGUCCCCUUCCACCCCUUGUUCUGGCGCGCCGUCCUUCGUCGUCGCGUCCCACGCACGCUCUCGACGCUGCGCCAGGUGGAUGCGAGCUUGGCCCAGUCACUCGAGGCAAUGGAGCGGAUGAGCGCCGACGAGGUCGAAGCGCUCCACCUCGAGGGCACGCUCCCAGGCACGGACCUCGUGCUCCCCGGCUGGCGGGCCGACGAGCCUGUCACCCAGAGCCGUGUGCACGAGUAUGUGCAGGCCAUCGUUGACAUGUGCCUAGCCGACGGCAUUGCUCAGCAGCUCGACGCCUUCCGUGACGGCUUUGAUGCGGUCCUGCCACUAGAGGUCCUCGACGUGUUCCAGUCCAAGGAGCUGGCCACGCUCUUUGGUCAGAGCCAAGAAGACUGGGACCUGGCGACGCUGCAGCGCACCGUCGUUGCGGACCACGGCUUUACGAGUGAAAGCGCGCACUUCCAGGACCUGCUCGGCAUCCUCGCGGCCUUCUCCUUGGAGGAGCGGCGCACGUUCCUGCAGUGGCUCACUGGCGCCCCGCGACUCCCAGUGGGCGGCUUUGCCGCACUGCAGCCGCCUCUCACGGUGGUGCGCCGCCAGCAUGAGCCGCCCCUGCAGCCCAACGACUAUUUGCCAAGUGUCAUGACGUGCGUGAAUUAUCUCAAGCUGCCUUGCUACUCGGAUCGUGAGACUAUGAAGGCACGUCUUCACACGGCCAUGUACGAGGGCCUCACAAGCUUCCAUCUAUCCUAG